AUGGCCCUCCCUGCUCCAACCGAGUGCCCUGAGGACCAAGAGCGCGCCUGCGCGCUGCACAGGGACCACCUCGCGCCAGCUCGGUGCCGGUCUCUCACACAUUCCGGCAACCCGUUCGGCUGCCAGAUCUUCGCCCCCGGCUCGACGGACCUCAAGCUCGUCGCCACAUGCCCGACCAAGGCCAGCGACAAGCUCACGAUUGGGUUGACGACCUCCGGCGCUCGGUCAAAUCAAGAGUCCGCGGGCGUCGCGCGCGCGGUGGAUUACAUGAAGGGCGCGGAUGACCAGUGUGGCAACAUCUUCGACCCUCAGCUCCUCUCUGACCUCCUCUCCUCCCCCAUCCUCACCCACUUGGGCUGGUCUGUGCACGUCGAGCUCGCCUUCGACGAUAACCACGCCGUCUUCUCCUCCGCGCCCGCCGACGAGUCCCCGCUUUCAGCGGUCCCGUUCACAGACAACAAGCUCCGGUACACGGAGCUCCCUGAACUCCUCGCCCUCCACGUCAACCGGGGCGGCCACGAGGGCCAUUGCGCGCACCUCGCCCGUUGGGCGCCCACCUUCCUCGCCUUCAACAGUCUCCCCGCCUCGCCGAGUUCAUCGCGCCCUCCAGCGAGCCCUAGCCCGGCACGGCGACAGAGGAGGGCAUGGCCAUCUACGUCGAUCGCUGCUACCCGUCGGUCACAUGUAUCAUGGAGCGCGCGCGCGGACGGGCCCGUCGCCCCGCGCCCCGCGCUUGACCGCGUCUUCGUCAUGGCGAACGGCGACUUGGUGUGA